AUGCCGAAUCAGUCACGUCCGACAUUCGAUUUUUGUCGUACUUAUGACGGUUCAGAACCAGCCUCCCGUUGGCUGAAGCGUCUUGAGUUUGAGUUGCGAGGAGAUUCUCGGAGUGGAAUCAUUGCCCCGGAGCACUAUUUGAGCUCUGUGGAUCUACUUCUUGUGGGGGACGCAGCCGAUUGGGCAGAGUCUUCACCAGAAAUCAGUACGCUUUUCGCCGGAUCUCAUACCAGCGAGUCAUUGGAUCGAUUCCUCUCGCUCUUCAAAGAGCGCUUUCCUACCAAGUCUAUCGAGACAAUUCCGACUACCUUUUCGGAAGAACUCGAAGACUUACAUCAGAAUGCCGAGGAGUCACUCACUUCGUACUAUCAGCGUACGAUACAAAUCACAUAUCGUUUCGGGGCCCGUGAUCGUCUUCCCGGAGGCCCACCCCUAUCAAUCCUCGAGUCGUCAAUACUAGACUUGAUCUACAGUGCGUUUCUCAAAGGUUUACAAGAUCUCGAGCUCCGGCGUAAGGCCAUUCGGGGGACUGUUACUGGGAUAUCUCUACACUCGACAUUUGUGUCUAUGGAACAGGCACACAAAUCACGAUUAAUUAUCAGGAAGAUCGAGUACGAGGAAGUUCAGUCACGGGAGGCCAUAUUCUACAAGGACGUCGUGAAGAGAAAUAUGUCUACAACACAGUUGGAAUCCAUAUGGGCUUCUUAUUCAGCGGGGAGUCGUGUGCCUGAACAGAGGGUCCCACCACAAUUUCUACUACCGUCUCCGAAUCCGAAGCAAGCUUCUCAGCCAGCGAUCGAAUCCAAAUCAGUCACCUGGGGUACGAGUGGUUUAGGUCCUCGGUCCAUUUUGAAGAAGAAUCAUUACGAGUCUGUUGCUACUGAAGCUACUAGGGCUGGGGCUGUUAUAGAUGCUGGGAGUAUUAGUGCGUCUGGACCGGUCUAUGGAUAUGAAGGAUAUGGUGUGGAUCAGGGUGUUGGCUAG